CCUGCACCCGUCUCCCCUCAUUCCUGUGCCGCUCCGGGAGCCGAGAGCAGCCGUUCCUGGAUAGAUACUUCUGACCUGGUGGGAGUGUGACCGCACAGACCCCCUGCGACCUGGUGGGAGUGUGACCGCACAGACCCCCUGCGACCUGGUGGGAGUGUGACCGCACAGAGUCAGACCCCCUGCGACCUGGUGGGAGUGUGACCGCACAGACCCCCUGCGACCUGGUGGGAGUGUGACCGCACAGACCCCCUGCGACCUGGUGGGAGUGUGACCGCACAGACCCCCUGCGACCUGGUGGGAGUGUGACCGCACAGAACCCCCUGCGACCUGGUGGGAGUGUGACCGCACAGACCCCCUGCGACCUGGUGGGAGUGACCGCACAGACCCCCUGCGACCUGGUGGGAGUGUGACCGCACAGACCCCCUGCGACCUGGUGGGAGUGUGACUGCACAGAGUCAGACCCCCUGCGACCUGACAGCGCCGAGGACUACAGGUAUAUUAUGGCAGAUAAGAACUAUAAAGGGUUGCUAAUACGCCACUGUGAUUUGUCUGGGCUGACUUUUCGCUUUGAGGAAUGCAGGACAGGACCAUCUCACGAUCCAAGGUUUACUUCCUCUGUGUUUAUAAAUGAAGAAAAACGUGGAGAAGGACAAGAUAAAACAAAGAGGGCGGCUGAGAACCUUGCAUGCAAAAUGGCUUUGCUUGCUCUGCAAAACCAAGAUCAGGAAAAUCGUGAGACGGCUCAGGCAGUAGGAAACUCUGCUUCGCCAGGCGGUCCUGUAGUAUUAAAUAAAGGACCUGUAGCAAGUCCAUCGGUGGUUAAUGGAACUGCCAGUAACAUUGUGGUUGACGAAAAUUAUGUUGGAUUGUUCAAUGAAUUUUGCCAGAGAAAUGAAUUGUUGAAUUAUAGUUUUGAGAAUGUACGCAGGGGACCUUCUCAUAUACCAGAAUUUUUCUGCAGUGUUGUAAUUAGUCAAAGGAAGUUUCCUGAAGCUACAGGAAAAAGCAAGAAAGAGGCAAAGAAGAAUGCUGCAUAUCUGGCAUUAAAAGUGCUGAAGCAGGAAUAUCCUAGGGAUCUUCAGCUACGACAGGUCCCAGGACUAGACGAUGUAGAAGAAGCCAAAGAAGAUAGUACUGAAUCAGUAGAAAGGUAAUUCCGAUGAAUGUUUUAACUGGUUCACUGCAUUUAAACAUUUUCU